GUCGACGUUAAAAAAAGCGCCGGCCCCUCCGUGCCGCCCCAGGCGGCCCUUUCGUGUCCGUCCCUCCGGCCAACGCGCACCCCCGCCCGCGCCCCGAGCGCGAGGAGGGAAGAAAAAUCUCCCGCAUCCGCCGGGCACCUCGCGUGUCGGCAAGCCACAGCCAUCGGCGCCGCCUACUAAAGUCGGCCGGCCGGAUAUAGCCACCCUUUCCCUGCACGCGCGCGCCACGCCAGCUUCCUCAGCGUCCGCCCCCCUCCCCUCCCCUGGCUUCUUCCUCCUCGCCACCUCAAGGCCUCCUCCGUCUCGGCCCUGUGCAAGGUCGCCACAGGCGUCCCUGUUCAACCGCCCUACCCGCGUCCCGUCUCCGGCUCCGGGCCGGUCGAGGUCCUCGAGGGGUACAUUGAUACUUGAAGCAGUAAUAUUGAAAAUGGUCAGUGCGAGGUCAGUAGACAGGCAGUUGGAUGCGUGCUUCAGCAACCUCAUGGUGUCUAGCGGUGGUGGAAGGGGGCAGGCUGAAACUGGUGGCGCUAUGCCUAUGUUGUCAGGAUGGAAGGACCUUCCAAUGGAGCUGCUUAUGCGGAUCAUAUCAGUUGCUGGAGAUGAUCGAAUUGUCGUUGUGGCAUCCGGUGUUUGCACUGGCUGGCGCGACGCGUUAGGAUGGGGGGUCACUAAUCUUUCCCUCUCAUGGUGCCAGCAGAACAUGAAUAACUUAACAAUAUCAUUUGCUCACAAGUUCACAAAGCUUCAGGUUCUCACUCUUCGCCAAAUCAAACCUCAGCUUGAAGACAGUGCAGUAGAGGCUGUUGCCAACUACUGUUAUGAUCUACGUGAGUUAGACCUCAGCCGAAGUUUCCGGCUUAGUGACCGUUCAUUGUAUGCACUGGCCAACGGAUGUCCUCGGCUUACAAAACUGAACAUCAGUGGGUGUUCCAGUUUCAGUGACAGUGCCUUAAUCUACCUUAGUUGCCACUGUAAAAACCUGAAGAGCUUGAAUCUUUGUGGAUGUGGAAAGGCAGCCACUGAUGAAUCCUUGCAGGCCAUAGCCCAAAACUGUGGGCACCUGCAAACUUUAAACCUAGGUUGGUGUGACAAUGUCACAGAUGAGGGGGUUACCAGCUUGGCAUCAGGUUGCCCUGAUCUCAGGGCCCUGGAUUUGUGUGGCUGUGUUCUUAUAACAGACGAGAGUGUUAUUGCUCUAGCAAGCGGGUGCCCGUACCUGCGAUCUUUGGGCCUGUACUACUGCCAGAACAUCACCGACCGUGCCAUGUACUCCCUCGCAAACAGCUGCGUGAAGAGCAAACGAGGGAGGUGGGGCACCCCGCGGAGCAGCAGCAGCAGCUCGAAGGACGUCGAUGGGCUGGCAAACCUGAACAUCAGCCAGUGCACGGCCCUGACGCCCCCCGCGGUUCAGGCGGUGUGCGACUCCUUCCCGUCGCUCCACACCUGCCCGGAGAGGCACUCCCUCAUCAUCAGCGGCUGCCUCAGCCUGACUAACGUCCACUGUGCCUGCGGCCUCCAGCGCCACCGCGCCGGAAGCGCCCUGCAGGCCACCAGCCAUGCGUACUGAGGAUGCGCGUGCUCUUGAUUCCGGCGAACGCCGUGUGCCUCGUGGGGGGGAGGUUUGGUCCCGGCCUGGAGGAAGACGUGUAUAUAAACUCUUAACCUGGAAAUGUAAUGUUGUAGUAGGACUAUUGUAUCAUGAGGACUCCGUGAUGCUCCCCCAUUGCCAUUCUUGAAACUGGCAAGAAGUUGCAAUGCUAUGUAUCUGGUGGAUUUCAACAAGGAUCUGUCGGUUGAUUCUGGGUAUUGGUAGUUUGCAAGCAUUCAGAAAA